AUGAAGUCAUGCGAGAUUUUUCAUUCUGUAGGCGAGCAGCAGAAGAGCCAGCAGGGAAGCCGGCCAAAUAGCCCUGCAGACUUGGCUCACGUGGUGGCUGGCGACUUCGGAAGCAGAUCGCAGAAGCCUCAGGUGGGCACAGUGUCCAGGAGACCCCGCAACACGUCGGCGUGGCUUGAGAGUGAAUCAACCGAAAUAGAGAACGAAGGCAAGCCCAAUGCGCUGGAAGCCAUGUGGGCCAAACUAUGGACGCCCUUCCCUUAUAACAAGGAACUCAUACCUGACGAAACACAGUACUUCAACGCGGAGUUUGUGCGCCAGCGAGAGCACAUGUACCUAAUAAAAAACAAGGAGUCGUUUUUCUCGCAAGCCAUACGGAGUCGCAUUGCGUGGGAAGUACUUAUGCGAACUACAUACGAUGACAACGAUCGACAAAAAGGCAUAUACAGGCUCCUCAACGAACAGGUCUAUCUGGCAGCUUACCCUCUGCACGACGGUCCCUGCGGCAGCGGAUCGUUCGAUCCUCUUACAGAAGUUCCUACAGAAAGAAGGCUUCUCUACAGUGAAUGGGCCCGACCGGCAUCUUGGUACAAGCAGCAGCCAUUGGUCCUUAUCAGGCGCUACUUCGGCGAGAAGACUGGCCUCUACUUCGCGUGGCUAGGCUUCUACACGUCCAUGCUAUUCCUCCCCGCUGUGGUGGGAGUUAUGACGACGUUGUACGGAAUCUUCGAAAUGGCCACGAACACACCUACGAAAGAGACCUGCGACCCCAACAUCGCCGGAAGUUUCGUACUCUGUCCGGGGUGCAAGAAGCGCUGUACUUACGACUACCUUUACACCAAGUGCACUUUUAGCAAGAUCGUGUACAUGUUUGAUAACCCGGCCACCGUAGGAUUUUCAAUAUUCAUGGCACUUUGGGCCACCAUUUUCAUAGAACUCUGGAAAAGACGCCAAUGCGUCCUUGGCUGGGAAUGGAAUCUCGCCGAUAUUGACACACUCACGCAUUACACUCUUCCUUAUUUUCCACGCAUACCGGGACGGCAGUCGGUUCAAGACGUUGUUAACCCGGAGUAUGAAGCCAAGGCAACGGUGUACAAGCUGAAUCCAGUCACUAUGAGGUAUGAACCGUACGUGCCUUUCUGGGAAAAGGCAAUCAGGAUAUCAGGGGCCAACUCCAUCGUCCUAUUCAUGUUGUGCCUGGUGAUAUGCACGGUGUUUGGCAUCAUCGCCUACCGCAUCAUUCUGGUGGCGCUGCUGUCUCGAGACCAGAACUGGCGCGCACUGGCCCACGUCACCACGGCGGUAACGGCCUCGAUGCUCAACCUGGUCAUCAUCUUGCUCAUGAACAGGGUAUACAGCAGGAUAGCCACCCGGCUGACAGACAUUGAACGCCCAAGGACGCAACGGGAGUACGAAGACAGCUUCACGUUCAAGAUGUUCCUGUUCACGUUCCUCAACACUUACUCUUCGCUGAUAUACAUCGCAUUCUUUAAAGGAAGGUUCUCCGGGCACCCAGGCAAGGAGGGAACACUUUUUGGAUACAGCUUGGACAAGUGCGAAGGUGGCUGCCUGUACGAAGUGUGCGUUCAACUGGCAAUAGUCAUGGUGGGCAAACAAGUCAUCAACAACAUUCAGGAAAUCGGACAGCCACUGGUCAUGAAUUGGUGGCGCUCCUGGCGGCGGGAUCACAGGGCCCGUGACAUUGGCGAUCGCAAAAGCUGCGUGGCUCGCUGGGAGGCUGACUACGUGCUGGCGCAGUGGCACACGCUCUCUCUCUUCGACGAGUACCUGGAGAUGGCCAUUCAGUUCGGUUUUGUCACCCUCUUCGUGGCCGCAUUCCCACUGGCGCCCCUGUUCGCGCUCCUCAACAACAUCGUGGAAAUCCGCCUCGACGCCUACAAGUACACCUCGCAGAUGCGCAGGCCGCUCGCCGAAAGGGUGCCAAACAUUGGUGCCUGGCAGGUGAUACUUAAAGGCGUCUCCGUAUUUGCUGUCAUCUGCAACGCGUUCCUGAUCGCAUAUACCAGUGACUUCAUUCCGCGCAUGCUGUACCGCAUGGUGCACACCAAGAACCACAGCCUGCACGGGUUCGUCAACUUCACGCUGUCAUCGUUCGACACGAGCGACUUCGACGACGAGACUCGGCCGGACAAUGCCACGCUGGACGGAAUCACCGUCCACCACUGCAGGUACCUCGACUACCGUGAGCCACCCGGCUCUGGAAACGCAUACCAGCUCACCCUGACGUACUGGCACAUCUUCGCCGCAAGGCUCUUCUUCGUUGUUGUUUUUGAGCAUGUGGUCUUCUGCAUAACGGGUCUGGUGGCCGCCCUGAUACCGGACGUUCCCCGGUCGGUUCAGCAGCGGAUCAAGCGGGAGCAGAUCGUGGCGCAAGACACCAUCGCUGGUCUGGACAGCGGCCAACAGCCCCAGCCCCGCGAAGGAUCCAGGAGUGGCUCUUCGGCCCACAGUAACUGACCACGAGAGCACUGGUAUAGUCGGUGCGACCGUUCCACCGAGCAGGCACACACACAAACAUCAAACCAAGAGAGAGAGAAAAAAAGGCAUGAUAUGAAAAG